UCGCGAGAUUUUUGUUAGAGGUCAAAGUUGGCUCUUCCAGUGUGCAUGUGCCUGUAUGUGCAGGGUUUACUACAGAGCGUUUCUGUGGGACUUAGCUACACUUUCCCCCCGGUGUUCUUAUAUGUUUAUGAGCGUGGUCAUUUAACCUUGUUUAAAUCUUUAGGAGACGUUUUUAAAGUUAGUUUUAGUUUGUUAAAUUCUUUGCUAAUACGCGCUAGCUUCGGCUUUUCAGCUGGUAGAGCAGUUUGAAUCUUUUGCAGUAUCUUUUAGCUGCUGUAUCUUCUAAACAUGGUUUAGCAUGACAUGUUUCGGGUCAGACCGCUGCUGAGUGCCUUAGUUAACCACCGACAGACGUUAAAGACAAACGGGGGUCUUUAUAAGCCCUUUUGCACGAUGAGUGAAGGAGGCAUGGAUAAGAGGACACCUACACUGUUAAAAAGGACCAAUGAGGAAAAUAAAGACUCUGCUGAGAAGGUCCAGGCAGCUAAAAGGUUGAAGACAGAUGGGGAACACGCUGAAGAUGAAAAGAAAUAUCCAAAGAAGAAAGUGGUCCUGCUCAUGGCGUACUCGGGGAAAGGAUAUUACGGGAUGCAGAGAAAUCCUGGAAACUCUCAGUUCAGGACCAUUGAAGAUGAUCUGGUUGCUGCUCUUAUUAAAUCUGGCUGCAUUCCUGAAAACCACGGCGAUGAGAUGAAGAAGAUGUCUUUCCAAAGAUGUGCCAGAACAGAUAAGGGUGUGUCUGCUGCUGGCCAAGUGGUGUCUCUAAAAGUGAGGUUGAUUGAUGAUAUCAUUGAAAAAAUCAACGAGCAUCUGCCACCGCAGAUCAAAGUGCUUGGACUAAAACGGGUGACGCAGGGUUUCAAUUCUAAAAAUAACUGUGAUGCUCGUACGUACUCGUACAUGCUUCCAACAGUGGCCUUUUCCCCAAAGGACUAUGAUACCGGGAAUAUAGCAGCAUUUCGCCUGGAACCAGAGACACUACAGAAGGUGAAUCGCCUUUUUGCUCUCUACAAAGGCACACAUAACUUCCACAACUUCACCUCUCAGAAGGCUCCAAGCGACCCCAGUGCCCGCCGCUACAUCACAGAGAUGUCCUGUGGUGAGCCUUUUAUCCGCAGAAAUUAUGAGUUUGCAGUGAUCACUGUGCGAGGCCAGAGCUUUAUGCUGCACCAAAUCCGCAAGAUGAUUGGCUUGGUGAUUGCAGUGGUCAAGGGCUAUGCAAAGGAGGAGGUGAUGGAGCGGAGCUGGGGACAGGAGAAAGUAGAUGUCCCCAAAGCUCCAGGACUUGGCCUCAUCCUGGAAAGGGUUCACUUUGACAGGUACAACAAGCGUUUUGGGGGGGACGGGCUGCAUGAGAAGCUGGAAUGGGAUCGCGAGGAGGAGGCAAUCAAGGCCUUUAAAGAGGCACACAUCUACCCCACCAUUAUUGAGACCGAGUGUGAAGAGGGCUCCAUGGUCAGCUGGAUGGCCACUCUCCCUAUCCAUGACUUUGAUGCCACAUCUAUUGAAGUGCAAGACGACAAAGUUAAAAAACAGGAUGAUGCAGAUGAAGGAAAUGACUCUGAUUAGGCCACUCUGCCAGCAUAAAGAAGAUACAUCAUCAUGUGUGUGUGUUUUUUUUUUUUUUUUGUUUUGUUUUUUUAAUUUUUUUUUAACUGUUGAUAUAGACAUUUUCACGGGGAUUAAAUCUUGUUUCUUUUACACAAAUGUUGUUAACAAACAAGAUAAUAAAAGCUUCUGUUCUUUAA